AUGGUUCGCAAUAAAAAAAUAUGGGCAUAUAAUGUGGAACAAUUAUUAAAGCAAGUAAUAAAUUCCAGUGUUCUUUCAUCAAUGCUCUCCGAUUGUAGUCACACGGUAGGCGAGGGAGCAGUUUGUGAAUCGUGCACCUUAACCGCUGAGGCUAGUAAAACCGGAACUCCUUGGUCGAGCGGGAAUCCUGAGAUUGACAGGAUUAUUUUAAAUUCUCAAUUGAAAUCUCGAUACAUGUUCUCGCAUGUAGAGUGGAUUCCGUUCGAACAUUUCAGAGAGAUAAAUAGGAUUGGCCGAGGUGGAUUUGGAAAUGUAUAUUCUGCGUGGUGGAUUGAUGGGCCCAUGUGUUUUUAUGGGAAUGAGAGGAUUAGUAGGGGCCAAGUAGUUGCCAUCAAGAGUCUUGGGAGAGAAUUGACUCCCGAUUUAUUGCAUAAGCUUGAAACGUACAUCAAUAUUUCAACAUCGCAAACAAACUUACGCUAUGAGCUACUGGGUUUGUUCCAAUGUUAUGGAAUCACCCAGGACCCAUCCACCAAUGAAUACU